ACUUGUUGACAUCAAUGACAUCCCUCAUUUCCAUUGAACCAAAAUGUAUUGACGAGCUGUAAUCGUAAUAGUGAAAUCAAUUGGAUUUCUUAAAUAAAACUGAUCAGUGAAACAGGCCAUAUCCGUCCGGAUCACAAAUCAUGUCCACCAGUAGGUUAGAUGCUAUGUAUAGAAGUAUACUUCUAACCAAAUUUUUUACUAAAGGAUGGGGGAAACCAGAGAACUUACGAAGGUUAUUCGAGUUCAGAAAAGUGGUAUCGAACCGGGAAGAAUGCUUGAAAUUAAUAGAAAGAGACUAUCCUGUUACGAUUACAAGGGAACAAAAAAUGUCAGACUGCACACUGUUGGAAGGCUACUUCCUGUCACCUCUGGAACGGUACCUGCCCGGGAUAGUGCCAGAGAUAGCCCAGAAGGCUCACUUCCAGGCACUUCUGCCAGUGCACUGGCCAGAGAAAGGCUGCAAGCCCAUGUGUCUACACUUAGCUGGUACUGGAGACCAUUUCUUCUGGCGACGGCGGAAUUUAAUGGUGAAGCCGUUGUUGAAAGAAGCCGGUAUCGGCGGAAUUAUUCUCGAGAAUCCAUUCUAUGGACUAAGGAAACCCACUGAUCAAGUUCGGUCAUCCCUACACAACGUGUCGGACAUAUUCGUGAUGGGCGGCUGCCUGAUCCUGGAAUCGCUGGUGCUGUUCCACUGGUGCGAGCGCAACGGACUCGGCCCGCUCGGAGUCACCGGGCUCUCGAUGGGCGGACAUAUGGCGUCACUGGCAGCUACGAACUGGCCGAAGCCACUGGUACUAGUCCCGUGUCUGUCGUGGUCAACAGCAUCUGCUGUGUUCUUACAGGGUGUUAUGUCGCAUUCAAUAAACUGGGACCUACUCGAGGACCAGUACCUAUCGGACGGCGAGUACCGGGAGAAGCUGUCCAAGAUGGUCACCAUCGUAGACGAGGCCUUCCUCGCGGGGAAGAAGUUCGCAAGGACCUACUCACAGUCAAUGGAAUUACCUGUAGCCAACAAUACAGAGAAAAAGAAAGAUGACGCAGAACCGGCGAAGAAACUAGAUAUUACAUACAAUGAGAGUGGUGCCAAAGUACCCCCGAACGUGGUCGACGUAGACGUCAGUAAAAACAUUCUAGAUAUUAAUACCGGAGAGACUAAAGUCACGACUGAUACUGUGGCUCACAGUGAGACUUUAUACAAGGAGCUUCAGAGAUUAUUAGGAGAAGGUAAAAUUAGUGACGUGUUGUUUAAGAAGCUUACCUCGAACGAGAAGUUCGUGCUGGAGCCGCAGGACAUUGAGGCCCUCAACCAGCUCAGCGAACAAAAUAUUAAGGAGGUUUUAUUAAAAUGUAAAGUUGCUGACCUGCAGCAGUUAUUACAAAACUCUAAGAAGCAUGUUCAAGAGAAAAUGCGAGAGAAAUCAAGCGCCAACGAAACCGACCUCGUCGUCGACAGCAGCCCACAGAUUCUUAAAGACCCCUUAAAAAGUGUAGAACUCACACAAAAAGCCGUAAAGAAACCUGAAAAACCCUGGAAUAUAUCAGAGUUCACUUCAGACUUGUGGGUUAAUCUACCUUUCUUAAGGUCGACGUCGAAAAGUGGGAAGAAGAUAGAUAUAGGCAAAAUACACUGGAGAGAUAGAGAGGCGCUACAGUUCAUGAGGGGAAUCAUGGAUGAGUGCACGCAUUUGAGUAACUUCUCUGUACCGUUUGAUACGUCGCUAAUUAUUGCGGUUUGCGCGAAGCACGACGCGUACGUGCCUCGUGAGGACGUGGGCACGCUGGAGGAGAUCUGGCCCGGCGCGGAGGUGCGCUACGUGGACGCCGGACACGUGUCCGCCUAUAUACUGCACCAGUCGUUAUUCAGAUCCUGCAUCAAAGAAGCCUUCGAGCGCUCAAAGAAAAGGUGGAAAGACGGCAAACAUAUCGACUGACAAUAGCUAUUACUUUUACAUUGUUACGCGUUCCUCGUGUCUCGGACACCGACGUUCCCGCUCAAACGAUUGAAUGUGUUCAAUCCUUGUACAGUUGUUAUUUAUAUGUUAUUCAAUGCUUAAGGUUUCAUUAACAAAUUUGGUGCAAAACGUAAACGCCUCGCGUGUCUUGUCUAUUUAGUUAGUUAUAACUAUACUAAUGUAACUAAAGUUAACUUAGGUUGUGCCAUGUUGUUGCACAAUUCGUAAAAGUUAGCACAAAUUUUACACAUUGUUAUAGUCGUUUUAAUGUCGUUAACAGAAGUAGAAGUUGUUCUCCUCGUGAAUGGGUUGUAUAAGUGUGUAAUGUGAAUUUGACAGGACUCAAGGGCUAAGCACACGGGGUAAAAUAUAUACGCCUAUAACUCACCUGUAGAUCACAUUCGUGCGAGUUUCGUCGCGGACUAUUUCCACGUAUAAAAUACGUUGUGUGCAUAAGUUCAUGUGAUAAGUGCGUUCGCCAAAUUCCAGAGCCUGGAUUUCACAGGUCGAAAACUAGACUGGAAACGCACAGAACCAAAA